AUGCCCCCGAAUGAAAAUGGUGCCUUCCAGGAGUCGAGCGGGAACCUUGCCGAGGUGUCCGCGUCGACUGGCGCCGGCGCAACUGCGGACACCGCUGCUGCUUUGAACACAGCGGAGCCGCUGCUGUUCGACCCAUCGAUGAAGAAAAAGAAGAAGAAGAAACCUGUAGAACAAGGAACGAAUGCCGGGGAUACGACAACUGCGCUUGACUCGGAACAGGCUCCGACAGAACGGCACGUGCACUUCCAGGUCGAAUCCGACGGCGAUCGAGCGGCGUCGCCUGUCGACAGCGGGACAGCGGUGAACGCAGGCACCAUCACGACGUCCAGCAGCAGCGUUAGCCAUGAAAACAAUAUGGAGGCAGCGGAGCCGUGGCAAGGUACGGAUCGUGACUACACCUACGACGAGCUCCUUCGCCGCAUCUUCGACAUGCUCCACGGACGGCACCCGGGUCUGGGCGGGAACCCGGACGGUCGUCGCCGCUUAUCGCUACGACCUCCGCAGAUUGCACGAGAAGGCUCCAAGCGUACCGUUUUCCUUAAUUUUGGGGAUAUAUGCCAGUCACUGCGUCGACAACCGGAGCACUUGGCAGCCUACAUGGCCGCUGAGCUCGGCACCACCGGGAAUCUGCAGGAGAGUGCCCGUCUGGUUCUCAAAGGGCGAUUCCAGCCCGCUGGUUUCGAGGGUGUGCUGCGGCGUUACAUCCGCGAAUACGUCAUGUGUGCGAGUUGCAAGAGCCCCGAGACCGUGCUCAUGCGCGAUGCCCAUACGCGGCUCUACUUUAUGAAGUGCGAAAACUGCGGCUCCUCUCGGUCGGUGGCUCCGAUUCGACAGGGAUUCAUGGCACAGACCGAGCGAAGAUCGCUUCGACGUGACGCCGCCUAG